AUGACCUGGCUGCUGACGGCGGUGGCCGUCGUCCUGUUCCUGGGGGACGCCGCCGCGAAGACCCACCCGGCGGACGCCGACGCGCUGCGGCUCCUGAAGGCGGCGCUGGAUCCGGCUUCCAUCGCACCGGGGUCCUGCCUCAGCUCCUGGGACUUCACUGCUGCGGACCCCUGCGAUGCGCUCUCCUCAGGUGAGCAAUUCACCUGCGGAUUCCGCUGCGACGCCGGUGACCCCGCCGGCCUGGCACGCGUCACGGAUAUCUCCCUCGAGGCAGCUGGCUACGCCGGCAACCUCUCGCCGGCAGUCUGGACCCUUCCUUAUCUGCAGACUCUCGACGCCGCCGAUAACCAAUUAUCCGGCUCCGUCCCGCCGCCACCGUUAUCUUUAGACCUCCGUCAGCUCCGCAGGAUAGCCCUUUCUCGAAAUGCAUUCUCCGGAGAAAUCCCCGUCGGCGAUCUCCCUUCUCUGGAGGAGCUCUACCUCGACGGGAACGCCCUGUCGGGACCAAUUCCCGCUGCCAUCGCCUCUCUCCGGUCUCUGCAGCGCCUAGAGCUCCAGAUGAACGACAUCUCAGGGUGGUUCCCCGACUUCAGUCCCUUGUCAAGCCUCACCUACCUCGACGCCAGCGACAACGCCAUCUCUGGCAGGGUACUGCCUGCGGCGGCACUUCCGCCGUCCCUGUUGAAGCUCUCUGCUCGAAACAACUCUCUUCAGGGCCCCCUCCCGCCGGACUUCACGGCGGGGAUCCCGAACCUACAGGUGCUGGACCUCUCCCACAACCGCCUCUCCGGGCGCGUCCCGGCGGCGCUCUUCGUCCAUCCGGCCCUCCAGCAGCUGAACCUUGCCUUCAAUCGGUUCACCUCGCUGGAAUCGUCGCCGCAGUGGUGGCAGCCAGCGGCGGCGUCGACCAGUGGGCUGGUGGCUGUCGACCUGGGCCACAACCGGCUGAGAGGCCCGCUGCCGCUGGGGUGGGUGCGGGCGAUGCCGAGGCUGGCGUCGCUAACGAUGGAGGACAACCUGCUGACGGGAAUGAUCCCAGCGGAGUACGCCGCCAGGGUGCCAGGGGCGCGGGGGGGCGGCGACAGAGGGUCGCCGGCGGAGACCCCACUGUCAAGGCUCCUUCUCGGCGGCAACUACCUCUACGGGCCCAUCCCCGCUCCUCUGAUGGCGGUGAAGGAGGGGGAGGCCGCGGUGAGCCUCGUCGAUAACUGUCUGUUCCAGUGCCCCCGUUCCUUCUUCUUCUGCCAUGGACGCGACCAGAAGCAGACCGCAACCUGCCGCGACUUCAACCCCGUCAUUCCGUAG